UGGAGACGAGCUGCGCUCACUUCGCAACUGUUUAGUUUAAAAAUAGUAAAUGCAACGAACUUUUGUGUGUUUUACUGGCCCACUCUUGAUGACACAGUCUGGCAGUUGAUACAAUGAGUUUGCCAACCGACGGUCUACCCAUGGAAGUCACUCCGAGCCCCACACUAGCUGCCACGAGUCGCGGCGACCUGGAAAAGGUGCUGGCUAUGCUGGUCCUGGGCCUCGGCAGUCUUUUGUCCGGAUUGCUGCCCGCCUUUAUUUCGGAGCGGAAUCGUCGGCGCUUCCCGCUGACCACAUCCCUGCUCCUGUGCUUCGGCGCGGGCAUUCUGCUGGCCACCGCACUGGUUCACAUUCUGCCCGAGGUGCGCGAGCAAAUGAACUCGAAAUUCGCUGAGGUGGCCAUGUGCGGCGGGUUCUUCAUCAUCUAUUUUAUCGACGAAUUCAUACACUUCUUCUUUGGUGAGGCUAUUCAGCACACUCAUUCCCCGGCUGCAGAAACUCCGGAAACAGAGCCUACACGUCGUCCCACCAAUGGCAAUGGCUACGGCGCAGUGGACGAACGAGCGCCCCUUUUAUCAGCGGAGCCCAAUACGUCACAUGGCCAUUCGCGCCACCACAGCCACAGCGUUCAUGACCACGAUCACCCGGCCAGCGCAUCUGGCUGUGACGAAGCCAGCGUAGAGGACGCCAACGCCCGCAUCUGUCAUACCAGUCACACGGAACCGUGCGCCCAAUCCAUGACCGGUACUCUCGGCCUCUUUGUGGCUCUGUCCCUGCACUCUGCCAUAGAAGGACUCGCCAUCGGCGUCCAGAACUCAUCCACAAAGGUUCUAUUUCUUCUAGGGGCCGUCGCCUGCCACAAGUUCGUAAUGGGCUUUUGUCUGGGGCUCGAGUUCCGCUCGAAUCCGCAGACGAGUUUUCGCGCCCAGUUCGUCGGCAUUUCGGUAUUUGCCCUGGGAGCCGUCAUUGGCAUUGGUCUGGGCAUGCUUAUCGUGGAUGUGCCCGCCGCUUGGUCCAGCAAAACUCUGCCUAUCGUUCAAGCUCUGGCGGGAGGCACACUCUUCUACGUCACCGUCUGUGAGGUGAUACCGCGCGAGAAGGCGCGAUGGCACUCAAACUCCACGCGACGAUGGGCGGGAUUUGCACAGUUCGCAACUGUGCUCGCCGGCUUUGCCACCAUGUGCAUCAUAAACUUUUAUCUUUCUGAUGAGGAAUAGGAAGCUCUUCUUUAAGAAAACGUCCCAGCGCUGUGACAAAAUGUGCCGCUUUUAAACAUAGAAAACUUAGGAUAAUACUGUGGAUUGGCAGCUGUUAAUCUCUUGUGUAAGACUUCUUGCUUGUGCAUUUCCAACGAAUCUUGUUUUAGCUACAUUGUUGAUCUGCCGUACGAUAAGUAAAAAGUUCAGUCUCUUCGUCUA